UAUUUAUAUCUCGUUCUGCUCUGGGUAUAAAACUUUGCGACAGCCAUUUUCUCGUUACAAUUAUCUAUCUAAACACGGAUCCUAGUGACACCCGUCCGAUUAACAAACAACACACUCAAGUCAAAGACUUUCUCAGAUAUGCAGGCCAUCAAAUGUGUGGUCGUAGGAGACGGAGCUGUUGGUAAAACAUGUCUCCUUAUCAGCUACACAACAAAUGCUUUCCCCGGCGAGUACAUCCCAACAGUGUUUGACAACUACUCUGCCAAUGUCAUGGUAGAUGGGAAACCCAUAAACUUAGGACUAUGGGAUACUGCUGGCCAGGAGGAUUAUGACAGAUUGCGACCCUUGUCAUACCCACAGACUGAUGUCUUCCUCAUCUGUUUUUCUCUUAUCAGUCCUGCCAGUUUCGAGAAUGUGCGAGCAAAGUGGUACCCUGAGGUAAGCCACCACUGCCCCAACACUCCGAUCAUCCUUGUGGGCACCAAGCUUGAUCUACGAGAAGACAAGGAGACAGUGGAGAAACUGCGGGAGAAGAAGCUAUGCCCAAUCACCUACCCACAGGGACUAGCAAUGGCAAAGGAGAUCGGGGCUGUUAAAUACCUUGAAUGCUCUGCUCUCACACAAAAAGGUCUAAAGAGUGUAUUUGAUGAGGCAAUUCGAGCUGUGCUCUGCCCCAAACCCAAGGCUAAGAAGAAGGGAAAGUGCAGGAUCUUGUGAGCUGGGCUUGUAUUGUGGAAGGAAUUCUUUCAUGUAAAGCUAUAUACAUUUUAUAUCAUGCACUGCAUGGGUUUUGUCAUUGAGUCUGAACAUCCCUCUCUCAUCGCCCUGUAAUAUACAAUAUACAUUGAUCUUUAAGUAACCGUCUCCAUCAUAGUAGAAUAUGUGUACAAAUUUAUAUAUAGUCUUGUUUUUAAGGUGUUAACGAGAUGUAUAUGUACAGGGCCUGAGCCUGAUGUCCACAAAUGCUGUAUAGAGUAGUAACUUUUGGAAAGCAACCCUUUUGUAAAUUAUUCUUUUGUAUUGACUGAGUAGGGUUUAUCUGCCACAGUACCGAAGGUUGUUAUCCGGUGUUAGAGGACGUGAUUGGUCAAGUGUUGGCUUCAGGUUCUUUGUAUAGAAUUUUGAAAGUAAAAUUGAGGAUCAGCUGAGAUGUGCCUUAUAAGAUGUUCAGGGCUGGAAGCUUUGUGUUGCCCACUUUACAGAAAUAUCAAAGUGUAAUUUUUCAAGCCAAUAGCUAAUUAUUAAUCGCUAGAAUAUUAUCUGGGACUUUUUUUACAUUUUUAAUUUAAGCUUAAAGCCAGAAACAAUUUCCAAAUUAUCUCAGGCUUGCAGGUAGUUAAGAAUGCCUCCACUUCUAUCACCAGUUCAUCAUUUGAGAAGUCAUAUUUUCUAAUUUUAGAAGGAAAUGCUAUUUUGUCUGCAGUUUUAUCACUGAUAUAAUGUUGAUGUACCUGGACACAUAUCUAGCAAUUAAUUUUGAGUUAUCAGUCAAAAGUUCUAAAAUUUGUACCACCACCAUUAAACAAUUCAAUCCAGACUAGAGCCCCUUCUAGGCAUUUCUUUAUGCUGAUAAUAUCUUGCCAUCUCUGAAUAUUCAACAUCUAUUAAACCAGUCAAUUGAAACUACUGAGACUCUGCAUGUCCUAGUAAAUAAUACAUUCUGCUUUGGCAGUAUUUAGUGUUUGAUCCUCCUUCGCUAUUGUGGGUGUCUAUUUCUUCUUGCAAGUAUAUAUAUAUUGCUGCAUCACUCUAGCUUUGAGAAUGUGCUUAUUGUAGAUACCCUGUUAAAAGUACCAAAUAUCAAGUGAAUUAUAACAAGUUGAGUGAUGUUAUGAACAAUGUGUUUGCGAGACGUUGUUCCUUUGCUGUACAUAUUUAUAUUAAAAUUGUGAACCAUUAUCGGAAAAUUACUUGAUCUUGACGCUAUGAUCAUAACAGAAUUUCUGUUAACCGUUUCUAAAAAAAUUCAUCUUUCAGGAGUAGGGACCAAAUGUUUGCAGUUUGGUGCAGAUGGAACAAUUUUGGAUGUUUGGAAUUAAAAAGUCAAUGUCGUAUGAUCAAAUAUAUGUAAGAAUGUUAAUGUAACUAUUCCUGAAUUCAAAGAGACAUAGUUUGGAUUAAGUACAGUGCCACUUGUUUUACAAAGACUUUUGAAGCACAAUUUUCUGUUUAAUUAUUGUACAUUUUCUAUUUAUGGAAGUGAUUGUUAAUUUUAUGUGUAAGCAGCUGUUGAAACUAUGAAUGUGAUAAUUUUUAACAGAUUAGAGGUUUAUUUGAGGUUGUCUCAAGUAAAAGAAUGUUUGGCAUGUAUACUUACUCAGUGAUUGUGUUAGAAGGAAAUAGUCUGUACAUGUUGUACUGAUUUGUAAAGAACAGUAAGCUCUUAUGUAGAAGUCUUCCUUUGGUAAUAUUUGUCAAAGUGUAAUUUUUGCCGCAGCUGUUAAACAUUGGUAAGGAGCGUUGUAUUUUGCAGCAAUGUUUUUUUAUGAACUGUAAAGUGUAAAGCUUAACUUUGUACUAUGAAAUAUAGUAUUCAGUCACUGUAUGUAUCGAUAUGAUGUCCUUACCACAGACAGAUAAAAGAGAAAGGCAUUGUGCGAAACUAUUUCACAGUACCAUUGAGUUUGCUAAAUUGUUUGCUGUUAAGCCAGAUGUAGUUGUGUCACUCCUUAGCUUUUCAUACAAGCAUAGAUAAAUAAUGCUUUUGGUGAUACUUUAGGUCAGAAUUGGACCUAAAGACAGUGAUUAUGACUAUAAUCAAAAUUCCUGUAACCAGUUGAAGGUGAAUGUGAUGAUAAAUUAUUAAGCACUCUUGGGAUAUGGUGAAACAGAAAAGAUUCAACUUGUCAAAUCUCAUGGUGUAUUUUUUUCCUUUCAUUUUUUAUGAUUUUAGAAAGGGUCAAUAUAUGUUACUGAGAUCAUAUGUACACACUCUCAUUUUUUUAUACAAAAUAUUAAAAAUAUGGAUGUUCUAUUACUCAGUUUCUUCUCAAAUUAGUAACAGGUUACUAAUAUAAAUCUUAGUAAUUUGAAAAGGGGAAUAGUUUCCAUAUGCUACAAUACUGUUGGAUUUGAUUUUAGUAGUUCUUUGGAAUAUAUGAUCUGUUGAAUUUGUCUAGAGAUUUUAACUUGGUCAAGUUGGUGUCAUCACUGACUUUUUUGUUACUGAUUGUGAAGUGUGGCUUUCUUAAUGAGCAAUUCCGUGUGUAGAACACAGGUCUACCAGCUUAGCAGUGGUGUAGACAAUGACGCAUCAUUUUAUUGUGUAAAUUGUCACGAUUGUACAUUCAGCUAGGAGACUUGUGUCACGAAAAUGGUAUAUUUUUGCUAAGAAAUUGCAUAGUAAAUUGUAUAAACACCUUCUCAAUGUCUUUGUAUGGGAACUAUUAUGCUAACUUGAUUAAAAAUCUUUCAUCUUUA